UACAUUUUUCUACUGAUCAUGCGCCUGAGUUGAUAUGACAGAUAUUCAUUAUCAUACAAUAUUUUUCUCAAAAAUUUAUUACGGUCGGGCCAAUAUAAUUGAUCGAUUGAUUAGUGCGCUGGCGUGGUCGUAUUAUGAGAGUGUAGAUAUUUGGUCAGCCUUGCGAUUCAAUCACCUGCUCCUGAUGAAUUGGUUAGUACAUACUGAAUGGUUGAAUAUUAAAUAUGUACUUUCCACACGACAAAGCCCUUCAUAAAUUGUGUAUUUCUAUCAUAUCUUACAUUAUUUUUUUACCCCACCAUAAUAAUAUUAUACUCAUCAACAAUAAAAUAAUAAUUAUCGAAGUUGCAUCAGACAUAAGUUGCAUAAACAGCGCGAUGAAUAUGAAGCUUGUUUUUGUUCUGCUUCUAAUUGCAAUCAUUGCAAUUGAUUCGGGUAAUUCUCGGAGACGGAGACGAAGGAGAAGGCAUCGUUUCGGUCGUGUGGUUAGAAGAGUGGUAACAAGGGUGAGGAGAGUCGUAUAUAGAGUCGGUCAAAAGGCAGUAGGAGCUGUCAAAAAAGUCGUUGGAGAGAAAGUCUGGAAGUUUGGGCAGAAAGUUAUAAGUAACUGGAGUGACAUCAAAAAAUUGAUUGACUGCUUCAAAACUGUAAAAAAAUUGCUGUCGACAUUUGCAGUAUUGGGAGACAACCCUCUAGAGCAGUUAAAGACUCUGCGUGAUACGGAUCUCAACGCAUACAAUGACAUCAUGAAUGAAAUCGAAAAUGCCGUUCAAGAAGAAUAUGGAGAGAAAGCCGACGAAAUGAUGAAUGGAUUUGAUACAGUCAUGGAACUAGAGAUGGAUGACUUGCUUGAUCUGUCAAGCGAAUUGGAUCAAAUGGAAAAUGAUGAAAUACACGACGUCGACAAUAGCGUUGAGAUGUUUUUCGAAAAUUAACAGCACAUGCAUCAACAAAGUGACCGAGUAUCGAAACAAAAGAAUCACUGUUUUUGAUGAAGAUUUUCCGCCCCAUUUUUUAUAGUCUUGAAUAAAUUCAGAAGCAUA